CCCGGAAGUGCUUUUCCAAGGUUCGGGCCGGAGAGAGGCCUGGUAGGCACAGCUGCUGUGGCUCGAUCGGCUCCGCGUAAGGGCUCCUGCCCUGGUCGGAGCCCGGAGGUCCGCGGCCGCCGACCCGCGCCUGCUUCCUCCCAACGUCCAGGCCGACGAAAUGACCAUUAAGAAGUAGAUGCCCAGAUGCAAAAGUGAUGAAACAGUCAGUUUGUCAUAAAGUAAGAUGCAGCUGUGGCUUUUCAACCAGAUUAGAACAGAAUUGUAUCUGUUUCUCUCAGAAGAGAAUUCCACAAGAGAAAACAGAAAUGAGAGGAAUCUGGUUUAAAUUGCAGUACCAGGAAUUUAGAUUAGACAUAAAGAGUUUCCAGAAAAUAAAGUACCACAUAUUGAAGUGAUUUGUUAAGUCACCAAACAAAGAAAACAUGGUAUUUUGAAGAAUGAUUAAACUCAUGCUGCAGAAGAGGCUAAGAAUAUUAAUGGCUAGAUCUAGCGCUCACAUGGUCUUCUGAAGAAGCCAUGGGUAGCUGUUGUAGCUGUCCAGAUAAAGACACUGUCCCAGAUAACCAUCGGAACAAGUUUAAGGUCAUUAAUGUGGAUGAUGAUGGGAAUGAGUUAGGUUCUGGCAUUAUGGAACUUACAGACACAGAACUGAUUUUAUACACUCGCAAACGUGAUUCAGUAAAAUGGCACUACCUCUGCCUGCGGCGCUAUGGCUAUGAUUCAAAUCUCUUUUCUUUUGAAAGUGGUCGAAGGUGUCAAACUGGACAAGGAAUCUUCGCCUUUAAGUGUGCUCGUGCAGAAGAAUUAUUUAACAUGUUGCAAGAGAUUAUGCAAAAUAAUAGUAUAAAUGUGGUGGAAGAGCCAGUUGUAGAAAGGAAUAAUCAUCAGACAGAGUUGGAAGUCCCCAGAACACCUCGAACACCUACAACUCCAGGGUUUGCUGCUCAGAAUUUACCUAAUGGAUAUCCCCGAUAUCCUUCAUUUGGAGAUGCUUCCUCGCAUCCUUCAAGCAGACAUCCUUCUGUGGGAAGUGCACGCCUGCCUUCAGUGGGUGAAGAAUCUACUCAUCCUUUGCUUGUGGCUGAGGAGCAAGUCCAUACCUAUGUCAACACCACAGGAGUGCAGGAAGAGCGGAAACACCGCACAAGCGUGCACGUCCCAUUGGAGGCGAGGAUCUCUAAUGCUGAAAGCAACACACCAAAAGAAGAACCAAGUAGUAUUGAGGACAGGGACCCUCAGAUUCUUCUCGAACCUGAAGGAGUCAAAUUUGUCUUAGGACCGACCCCUGUUCAAAAGCAGUUAAUGGAAAAAGAGAAACUGGAGCAACUUGGAAGAGACCAAGUCGGUGGGAGUGGUGCAAACAGCACGGAAUGGGACACUGGGUAUGACAGCGAUGAGCGCAGAGAGGCACCCUCUGUGAACAAACUGGUGUAUGAGAAUAUAAAUGGGUUAUCUAUCCCUAGUGCCUCAGGGGUCAGGAGAGGUCGUCUGACAUCUAGCAGUACCUCAGAUACCCAGAAUAUCAACAACUCAGCUCAGAGAAGAACUGCAUUAUUAAACUAUGAAAAUUUACCAUCUUUGCCUCCUGUUUGGGAAGCCCGCAAGCUAAGUAGGGAUGAAGAUGACAAUUUAGGACCAAAGACCCCAUCUCUAAAUGGCUACCAUAAUAAUCUAGAUCCAAUGCAUAACUAUGUAAAUACAGAGAAUGUAACAGUGCCGGCAAGUGCUCACAAAAUAGAGUUUUCCAGGCGUCGGGACUGUACGCCGACAGUCUUUAACUUUGAUAUCAGGCGCCCAAGUUUAGAACACAGGCAGCUCAAUUACAUACAGGUCGACUUGGAAGGCGGCAGUGACUCUGACAACCCUCAGACUCCAAAAACGCCUACCACUCCCCUUCCACAGACCCCUACCAGGCGCACAGAGCUGUAUGCUGUGAUCGACAUCGAGAGAACUGCUGCUAUGUCAAGUUUGCAGAAAGCACUGCCACGAGACGAUGGCACAUCUAGGAAGACUAGACAUAAUAGUACUGAUCUGCCCAUGUGAGCCGGGAAAGCAUUACCUUGUUUGCACCUUUGUGAAGUUUUCAAAAAUGAAGAUGCGAGUGCUUCAUUUUCAUUUCUAAACACUAACUCCUUUUAUAGACUGAUAGGAUUUUUUUUUUUCUGAAUAUUUCCUGUGCUUCUUUAACUAAAGGGAAUUAAUGUAGAGCAGGUACUCCUUAAAGAACACUCAUUUCAGUAUAUACUACUCAUUACUGUCCAGCAGCACCCCCAUUCUCACAGUGCCUAUUUAAAAUGAGAGUUGAAGUGAGUGACAAUGCUGGUUGAUUUGUAUCAAUAUUCCGGACGUACGCACAUCACUCAUGUCUAAGUCAUGGUUGGCGUUUAAGACAUUUUAUAAAGCCUCUUGAUAAUGUGCAUUGCUAACAGAUAACUCUAGGCUUUGAAAGUAAUAUUUGUAGAUUCACUAUUCAUGGUAUAUGGCCUCCAGCAUGUAACGUGAGGAAUCCUUUAUUUCGUUAAUUGUAGGCUUUUUGACUUGAGCCAAAACAUAUGUAAAGGAAGUAGAAGUACCACACCUCCUUAUAUACCAGUCAGUUCCUUUGCCUUCUGCGUUACUAGAAAGAGUCCUAUGUCCGUGAAUGUGGUUUGCUCUUGGUGUGUUGAAGGGCAGGAAGGAGUCAAGAUUUUCUGUUCACUCAUCUCAUGAUGUCAUUUGAAGGGCAUGCCCAGAUAUCUUAAUGAGAAUUCCACUAGACUCAAGAAUCAGUCUCAGGUCACUUUACCCAAAAACUUUGGAAAUCUGAACCAAGAUCUCUUGAAAGUUUCUCUCCUAUAGAUUAUUAACCAUAACAUUGUUUUCUGGAGGCAUCUGUGACAUCAGGUUGCCAUUUACCUUCGGUUUUUUUCCUUUGGUGUUUGGGAUGUCUUAUUUUGUUGCUUGAUGUCUUUUUCAAUUUAAAAUGUUUGAGUUUGUAUAUAGUUUUGAAAUUGGAUUAUGUGUUCAUUGUUUAGUUUGCAUUUUUGUCAAAUUGUGGUUUUGAAGGUUCAUUUGGAACUUACUGUUAUUCUAUAACAGGGUUGCCCUUGUCCAGUAUUUAUUUAUAUGCUGUUUACUUUUCAAGUUGAUAAAAACAUUCGCUCGAUUUGAAAUUUCCCUUGCGUCCAUUGGUGAUCUCUUUAACAGCUGAGACAAAAAGGAAGCAACUUUUAACACGCAGAGCUCCCUAACGGUACUGUUUGCUCUGUGGGCGCCCCCCUCCCCCCCCCCCCCCCCCCCCCCCCCCCGGCACUUUAGCAGUGAUUCCCUCGUCACACGGCUGCGGUUUUACUCUGCCCACGGUAGUGCUCCUCGGCUCAGCUGUCCUUUCUCACAGCUGGGUCUUUGAUUAUCCCUUGAUUUCAGGAGAGUGUUAGCAUUGUUGCCAGCAUAGCAGGUACAGUGGAAGUCUUCUAGCAAUGAGAUUGUGUCAUAAUUUAGGAUUUAAACCGAAUUGAAGUUUCUAUAAACUGAUGAGACUCCACAUGCCUAACUCUUAGAAAAUCAGAAUGUUCCAGUUUCUCAAACAGUAGAGAAGACAAGAGAAGGUAGAGUGGAAAGGUUAGGGUACUGUUUUCUCUAAAUAGGAGGGCGUUUGAGGUCAUGAUUUGGAUCUAUCUGAUGUAACUAACGUUAAUUUAGCAUGAAAAGGUUUCAGUCAUAUAGCACCCAACCUGAUCAGUAAAUAACCUAAUUAUAUAGGACAGUGACUGGAUUAGCAGAAUAAUAGAGUGGGACCAUUAUAAAGAAAAUAAAUUAUUAAAGGUGUCUGUUAUUUUCAGUGCCAUCGGUUUAUGUGCAUAGCAGAAUUUUCUUUUCUUUUCUGUGAACUUGGUGCUUGACUAAAGUGUUCACUGUUCUCUAAAAAGAGAAUAGCGGUAUAGGUGUGCAGUGUCCAUUUUUAAUAUAUUGUUCCAUUUAUGCUUUCUUCUGAGUAGAAUGCUAAUUGUGCCAAAUUUAUGUGUUGGUUUUUGUAACGAGGAAUAAGAAUAAUAAUGGAACCAGUACACGCGGUUUUCUCCAAAACAAGCAGGCAAGACAGAGCCUCCAAAUGAAAGGGCUGACCUAUUGAUUCAUUUUGGAGGUUGGAUACUUUAUUUUCUUUCUUUUCCUCAUCAUUUUCCUUUUCCUUCCAGAUUCUAAUUAGUCUUUAUAUAUUUUAGGUAGCUCCGAUAUAAUCAUUGCAGUUUAUGCUUUAAAUACUGUGUGCUUUAAAAAUGAAAAUGGGACCAAUAUGUCUGCUAAGAAUUUGAUUUUAGGUACUAUGAGUAUUAGGAAGAUGUAUACAACUGGUGUUUAUUUCUAGAUGUCUCUGGAAAUCACCCGUGUUCCUAUUUAAUAAAAAGUAAUGUGGAACACUACUUGUCCUUUGCAGUAGUCUAGCCAUGGGCAUUAAGCUCUGUCCUGGAAGAAUGUACCAGUUACUAGGUACAUUUUAGAACGAGAUUAUUUUAUUGGGAUAUAAUUGUGGCCAUAAGUUUCAGAUUUUCUGAGACAGACCUAAUUUUAGCUAUUCUGUUCUUUGAUAGACCACACGAUCCCACUUAUUGGUUUUGGAAAUAUACUCAUUGUUUAUAUGCUCUCCCCCUGAUAGAGUCCUCUUUUAUCCAUACAGGCGAUAACAGCUUUUUAUCCCAAUUGGAAAUUGAUAUGGGUAUUACCUGUGUUUUUUCUUCAUGUGUUUUAUUUCCCAGUUUCAUCUUCUUUUAAAAAUGAAAAUAUGGUGCCUUCCCUCCCUCCAGGAAGAUUGGCAAAUAGUUCCUUUUAUUUACUGCUGCUGUGGAGUGAUGAGAUAUGCACUUUACUCUUGAAGACUCAGCAAAAAGCUUUUCACUUCCCAGUAUAUCCAGAAUAGAUCACAUUUGGGACUUAAGAAAAUUUGCCAAGCAAUCUUUGUUUUUAUAGAUAUUAAUGUUGACCCCACAGUUCAAUGUUAUAAGUCAAGCUAGUGUUUGUUUAUUCCUUCCCCCUCAAAAAAAUCUGUGGCACAACAUAUAAAAAUGUACCUCAAUAAUGUUCUAUUAAAAAUGGGACAGGGGCCUUAUGUUUUCAUAAUUUCCCAAUAAUGUGCCACCGUAUUUUUGCCUCAAGGUAAAGGUUUUAACAAGCUAAAAAGUACUUCCCACUUCCCCCUGUGCAGUUCGUAAUCCGUAAUGCCCAGUUGUUUUGUGCAAUGUGUAGUGUGUGUGUGUAUAAAUAUAUAUGUAUGUAUGUGUGGAUAUACAUACAUAUAUAUAUCUAUAUCUAUAUAUAUCUCCUUGAAAUAGACAUACCAUCAAAGACAACAUUCAGAAGUAACUGAUGUAUUGGCAUCUUAUUCAUAUUUCUGAUAUGUGAGGUAUAUGGUACUAAUUACCCUUUCUCUGAUUUUUGCCAAAUUUGAAUAAAGGCAUUGGUACGAAAUUACAGAAUGUAUAGAAAAUGUUUUUGGCUUGAAAAAUUAACAGAUAUUUUACAACAUACUACAAUAUACUCUGCCCAAACCAGCACCCUAUCUAUCCUUCUUCUUCACAUCCCUAUUCCCCAUUCCUGUUUCCUCAUAUUUUGGGGGUAUAACACAAUUCUUUUGUAGCAUUGAUACAAUUGCAAUUCUAUGACAAUUGGACAACAAUAGCAUGGAAACAGACUGGUAUUAAUAGUACAGUAGUCACCGGUGUGCCACAUUUGCAUUAGUAAAUGCAAAAUAUACAUUUUAUAAAGGAAAAAUUUUGUGUUAUGUUUUUAUUUUCAUUACAUUGUAUAAUAUUGUAAGAUUAUUGUAUGUCCUAAUUUGCAUUAUAAAUGUUUUUUUCCUACGUAAAGGCAUAAAUAUAGCAACUUUGUAUAAAGGUAGCUUAUUAGAUUUUUAAUUUUUUCUUUUAUAAAAAAUUGUCUAACAGUGGGACUACCAUUGCCAAAUUGUAUAUGAAAUAGGAAUUUUAUCCCCUAUGGUUAAUUUCUUUUAUAAACAUUCCAUAUUUCUCUAAUAAAAGACAUAAGUGAUACUGUACUAUGCAUAAAUUGUAUAUUAAUGCUGUUUCAUAUCAGCAUUUUAAAUUUUGGUUUGCAUUUUUAAUAUUGGCAAAAUUUACCACUGUUGAUUAAAACCUUGUUAUAUACAUGUAACAACAUCUUUUGCCCUCUUUCCCUUCCCACCCUUUGUUCUCUGUUUUUCCCUAUCAGUGCCAACUUCAUACAUUUUGUAGCAUGGCAAUAAAAUAUAACUUUUACACUGA